AUGUCCCGUGUUCCAGUGCAAGCAGAGUCCAAUCAGGAGCUGGAGGGCCUUUUGGAGGAGGUUCCGAUCGAUAGCGAUGGCCUGCGAAGCUGCCGGGAGCUCGCCCGCCAGCUCCAGGGCCGUUCAAGCGCCCGGGAUCGGAAUCGUUCGGGGCCUCUGAAACCACUGAGCCGGGCCUUGAUCUGCUGCAUGCCGGGUCGCCGCGACAUUCGUGGAGAGGUCCAGAUCGAGGGGCCAAUGAACAGUGGCGAGACACGGCACGGCUCUCACGGCCACAAAUCAAUGAAGGCUGAGGCCAAGGAGUACGACUUGGCCGACAAAAAGAAGCUGGCAGACUUCCUCCAAGAUGCGGACAUUCACAUAGGUGGUCCGGGGAAAAAGCGGAGGAUCUCCAAGGAUGCUCUCCGCAUCAUCGUCAGGAACCUCCAAGGCGACCGUUUCACCGUGGACAGGCUCCAGGGCAUCUUGGAAGAGGUUGCCCCCGAUCGCGAGGGCCUGCUGAGCUGCGAUCAGUUGGCACGUUGCCUGCGCCGCCCGAAUCCAUCUCCGGAACCUCAAGAGCCCAAGCGCUACGACCUGGCUGAGAAGCAGGGGCUGGCGGACUUCCUAAAAGACGCCGACAUCCGGCUUGUGCGAGCCGACUUCAUCCUGAAGCUGCACCGGGAAGGACAGCGCCUCCCACGCCGCCAGGAAGCGGAGUCCGCCUACGUGGACAGCCGCACGGCACUGGUCACACACGAGGAGGUCGAAGCCUGGGCCUAUGGCAAGGCGCCUGAAGGCACCCAGAUAGUCUCGCUGUCCCACUGCUGGGAGUCGAGGGAACAUUGUGAUCCGUACGGAUACCAGGUUGCCAAGCUCGCCAAGACUCUUACGGGAAAGGAAUGGCUGUUCAUCGAUUAUGUAUCCUUGUAUCAGUUCCAGCGACUCUCCCAGAAGCAGAAUGUCAGCUUCGGGCGUGCGAUGCAGCACAUGCACGUGCUGUACUGCCAUGAGAAAUCAAGUACGCUCCGAAUCGAGUCUCUAACGCCGGAAGCUGACAUCGCAGAAGCCGAGCGAAAGCAAGAAUGCGUGAUGAUGUAUCACCACCCCACCGGCCUGGUGAAGCCAGUGCCGGUCACUGAAUUGAUCAAGAAUAAUACCCCUUAUAGUGAGCGAGGCUGGUGUGCUGCGGAGAGGGAGUGGUCAAGUACUCGAACAGCCACCAACCUGUCGCGCGAAGUAGAUGCGGCGGAAGGCGAGAAGGGGGGAGUCGCCCCGAUGGUGCCGGAGGCAUUUCGACAGAACGUAGCACACCAGCUCAAAUUCACGCAUUUGGAUGAUGUAGAGACCGUCUGCAGAUUGCAAGCGGAAGUGUACAAAGAGAAGGCAGAGAUGUGCAAGAGCUUACGGCUCGUAGAUUUGGGCGCGGAAGCCCUCGACAUCGCCCUGUCGGGCCUCGAGCGCUACCCGGUGCUGGAGAGCCUGGAGAUCGUCCACUGUGAGCUCAGCCCCAAGCUCCCGCUACUGCUGAAGGUCCUGAAGGAGAAGCAGCUUCCACAGCUCCACCUGAAGCACAACGAGCUCUUUGAGGAGGGCACCCGCCAGGUCGUUGAGGCCUUGGCUUUGCAGCUUGCGGCACUGAGCGUUGGCCACGACCGCAUCGGCGUCGCUGGUGUCAAGGCUUUGGCAGAGGCAGUCAAGCAGAAUCACACCCUGAAGCAGCUGAGCCUUGCGGGAGCCAAACUCGAAACUGCGGAGCCCCUUCUCGAGGCGCUCCUGGCGAGCCAGCUCCAGCUCCAGCUCGAUCUGACGGACAGCGAUUUGGGCAACAGGGUCGACGUGGCAUUGGCCAGGGCCCUCCGGACCGGCCAGGUGAAGGGCACCUUCACCCACCCAGCCAUGGAGUUCCUGUGCAUGUUGGAGGACGAACAACUCAAAGAGCUCGAGGAAGCGCCGCAGAAGCUGGAGCUCGAUCUCAGCAACUUCGGCCGAGGCGGAGCCGAGAGGUUCCGGCGGCUCUUCGGACCGCUCUGCCGGGCGCUGCCGACGCUCCCGGAGCCGCUCCGGGAGCUGAAGCUCGACCUCGGCGAUGAUGGGGCCCGGGCCCUGGCCGCGGGCCUCCGGCACCAAAAGGAGCUGCAGACGCUGGAGUUGAAGCUGUUUUUCAACUCCCUGGGCCCCGAUGGCACGAAGGCCUUGGCCUCCGCGCUCCGCGAGCUGCCGGAGCUGAAGAGACUCCUUUUGAGCCUGGACGAGAACAACAUCGGCUCUGCCGGCGCCACCUCACUGCUGGAGAGCUUUUCUGAGCUGCAGCAGCUCACCGACCUCAGAGUUGCUCUGGAAAUCAACCGGCUCAGCCCGGGCGAGGAGGUGCAGCAGAAGCUCCAAGCCACCUUCGAUUCACUGCCGAUGGUGGGCGAGAAGUGGCCUCCGCCCCUCGGCGCGCUGGCGGUGGGUGGCCUUUCUCCGGAGCGCUUCGAGGAGCUUCUGUUAGACACCUAUGUUAUGUUCAAGAGGGCCAUGAGUGCCGCAGAAGUUGCCGUGCUUGAGGGGAGCGAGCCGUCCAUGGCAAGGGUCGCCAGUCCCACCUCCGUGGCCGGGGCGGCCUGCGCCGGUGACAAGGUCGUGCAAGGCGCUGUGACAACCACACGCCGCACGAUGAAGAUCGCAGGUCUUGCCCUCUUCGCUCUGGCCUUUGCCUUUGCAUUCUUCGGUUGGCCCACGAACCUCUUGGAGGAUGCAGCCACGCACCGGAGGGUCCUAGCAGCACUCUUCAUCACCGGCAUCACGCUCGUGGCGCUGGAGGAUGUUCUGCGACUGGACAAGUCGGCGAUCAUGCUUGUCUUGGCUUCCGUGAUGUGGACGUACCAUGCGGCGGGCAUUCAUGCCAGAUCUGCAGAAGGACACGAGCUCCUCGAGGAGGAACUGAUGAAAGGACUCUUCGAGGUCGGCAGCGUCAUCUUGUUUCUGUUGCCUGCCAUGUGCGUGGUGGAGUCCAUCGAUCACAUGAAUGGCUUCGCAGUUGUCACGGCGUUCAUCGUUCGCCAGACGCAGGAGAAGGUGAUCGACAAUCUCACUGCCACCAUCGUCUGCAUCAAGAUUCUGCAGCGGGCGGUGCCCCACAACCAGGACGCCCGCUUGGAAGAGAAGAAGCAGCUCCGGGCCGCCUUCGAUGCCCUGCCGGUAGGCGCGAAGGAGAUCCUCCUUUUGGUGAUCCGAGGCCCCCCGGUGAUCCCAUCUGUGCGGCUUCUGAUUCUGACGGAAGUCCGUCCGUCAGAGCUCCCCGUGAUCCCAUCCAUGCGCGAGAAGGAGGAGGAGAAGCUCACGGAAACCCGUGCAAACCGCCUUCGGAGCGCCGCUGCCGGGCCGGCCGAGUUCGCCAACCACCGUCUGCCGGCACGGUCUGUAGAACUCUGGUGGAAGCUCUCCAUCGCUGCCCGCUCCGACUUCGAAGCGCUUGGGCCUUGGCCGAAGCUGCCGGGCCUCGGCCAAGCCGAAGGCUCCGAAGUCUUCGUGGAGCUCACGGGCUUGUCUCCAGCUGCUCAUCCUCAGGAACCAAACCGUCUCCGGCAAGGCCGAAGGCCAAAGAUCGGAUGGCGAGUGAGGCGAAGGAGUACGACCUCGCGGACAAGAACGGCCUGGCAGACUUCCUCGAACAAGCUGACAUCCAGCUGGGUGGUCCGGGCAAGCGGAGGAUCUCCAAGGAUGCUCUCCACGUCAUCGUCAGGAACCUUAAAGGCGACCGUUUCACCGUGGACAUGCUCCAGGACGUCGUGCGAGGAGUUGUCCCCGAUCGUUGGCGAGGGGCUGCUGAGCUGUGAGGACUUGGCUCGCCGCCUCCGCCGCCCGGAUCCUGCUCCGGUGCCGCAAGAGUCCAAGCGCUUCGACCUGGCGCAGAAGCAGGGGCUCGCGGACUUCCUGAAAGAUGCGGACAUCCGCUUGGUGCGAGCCCACUUCAUUUGGAAGCUGCAGCAGGAAGGACAGCGUCUCCCGCGGCGCCAGGAAGCGGAGUCCGCCUACGUCAAAAGCCACACGGCACUUGUCACGCACGAGGAGGUCCAAGCCUGGGCCGAUGGCAAGGCGCCUGAAGGCACCCAUAUAGUCUCGCUGUCCCACUGCUGGGAGUCGAGGGAACACUGUGAUCCGUACGGAUACCAGGUUGCCAAGCUAGCCAAGGCUCUUACGGGAAAAGAAUGGCUGUUCAUCGAUUAUGUAUCCUUGUAUCAGUUCCAGCGACUCUCCCAGAAGCAGAAUGUCAGCUUCGGGCGCGCGAUGCGGCACAUGCACGUGCUGUACUGCCAUGAGAAAUCAAGUACACUCCGAAUCGAGUCUCUAACGCCGGAAGCUGACAUCGCAGAAGCCGAGCGAAAGCAAGAAUGCGUGAUGAUGUAUCACCACCCCACCGGCCUGGUGAAGCCAGUGCCGGUCACUGAAUUGGUCAAGAAUAAUACCCCGUAUAGUGAGCGGGGCUGGUGUGCGGCUGAGAGGGAGUGGUCCAGCACAAGGGAAGCCACCAACCUGUCGCGCGAAGUAGACGCUUCGGAAGGCGAGAAGGGGGGAAUCGCCCCGAUGGUGCCGGAGGCAUUUCGACAGAACGUAGCACACCAGCUCAAAUUCACGCAUUUGAAGGAUGUAGAGACCGUCUGCAGAUUGCAAGAGGAAGUGUACAAAGAGAAGGCAGAGAUGUGCAAGAGCUUACGGCUCGUAGAUUUGGGCGCGGAAGCCCUGGACAUCGCCCUGUCGGGCCUCGAGCGCUACCCGGUGCUGGAGAGCCUGGAGAUCGUCCACUGUGAGCUCAGCCCCAAGCUCCCGCUACUGCUGAAGGUCCUGAAGGAGAAGCAGCUUCCACAGCUCCACCUGAAGCACAACGAGCUCUUUGAGGAGGGCACCCGCCAGGUCGUUGAGGCCCGCCGCCAGUUGCCGAUGCACACUGCUGGCAUGGUGGCUUACGCUUUUGGGUGUGUGUCUGUGUGGGUACUGCGGCACGGCGAUGCGCUCCAGGCCUUGGCUUUGCAGCUUGCGGCACUGAGCGUUGGCCACGACCGCAUCGGCGUCGCUGGUGUCAAGGCUUUGGCAGAGGCAGUCAAGCAGAAUCACACCCUGAAGCAGCUGAGCCUUGCGGGAGCCAAUCUCGAAAUUGCGGAGCCCCUUCUCGAGGCGCUCCGGGCGAGCCCGCUCCAGCUCGAUCUGACGGACUGCGACUUGGGCAACGGGGUCGCCGCGGCAAUGGCCAGGGCCCUCCGGACCGGCCAGGUGAAGGGCACCGUCACCCACCCAGCCAUGGAGUUCCUGUGCAUGUUGGAGGACAGAGAAUUCAAAGAGCUCGAGGAAGCGCCGCAGAAGCUGGAGCUCGAUCUCAGCAACUUCGGCCGAGGCGGAGCCGAGAGGUUCCGGCGGCUCUCUGCCGGGCGCUGCCGUGCCUCCCGGAAGCGCUCCGAGAGCUGGUGCUCGACCUCCGCUUCCACGGCGACGCCUUCGGCGCUGCCGGGGCCCGGGCCCUGGCCGCGGGCCUCCGGCACCAAAAGGAGCUGCAGGUGCUGUGGUUGA